GUACACAUUAAAACACCCGUUUAUAGUCAACAAUAUACUUAGUGGAAAUUGCACACAAGAAAGAAAUCUUUCAUAACGGGUCGUCAAAUAUGUCGUUGUGCAAGACAAUGAUGUAGAAAAGGAAAACAUAUAAAGUAAAGCAGAACGUGGAAUGAUUUUCGUGAUUGUCAAACUCUCCACAAAAUGGUCAGUGAAACAACGUAAUCAAAGCUCCAUUUUGACGUUAUAAUGUUUGGGACCUAUGACAUUCCCACGAGCGCGCAGGUGCUUGGGAUGUUGGCCCCCUUGUUCCAGACUGUAGCUAUGGUGAUGAUUCUGGUCGGAAUCGGGUUACCAUACUGGUUAAUAUUCGGGGGAACCUCGUAUGGAAUUUUUCAGAUCUGCACAUCGUCUGUUACGUCAUGUUCAUUUUCUAUUACCAAGCUUACGACUUCCCAUCCGGACAGUGUAACGUACUGGAAAAUUAUGAUCUCGCUGGCAAUUGUUGGGGCUCUAUUCAUGUUCCUAUCAGAAAUCAUGAUAUUUAUCUAUCCUUGCAAGAAAGUGAUAUCUCACGGUAAACUGGCGGUCGGUGGAGUGGCGUGCUUCUUUUGUAUUCUGGGAGCGACGCUAACCUUGGCGGUAGUUGGACUAAUGAUAGGCGCUGCCAGCGUCUCCGUCACCGACGUUACUCACGUUUCCUUGGCAACCGCAGAUUACCUUGGCUGGGGGCUGUACGUUUCCGGUUCCGGGGCAAUUCUUGCCCUCUUUACCGGGAUACUGUUCUCAAUUCACUUAUUCAUCGCCUGUUAUUAUUGAAAUUGGACAUCAAGUUGGUUGAAGAAAUACGCGUGUUUUUGACAGAGAUGGAUAUAUAUUCCGUGACUCUAUAUUCUCAAUAGAUCGUUUAGAACUGUAAUAAUUUUCAGUCCCAUUUACAGACCUAAAUAUGUUCAUUUUACUCAACUUCAUUGAAGGUGAUGGUUCUAAAACAUACGUUCUGUAUAUAUUUGUUUACACAGAAAACAUAGUAGUCAUACUGUUUCAUAAUUUAUUUACUAGUACACGAUGAUCAUUUCAAUUACUUUGAUAAAACUUUACAUAAUUUAAAUCAUUUGCAAUUCAUCUAUUAUGCAUUUCAUACCACCAUGUGCCAAAUAUCUAUGCUGUUCCUUAUAUUUUACUACUAAAAUGUUUCAUACAUCAAUUACCAAAAGAAUAUGCGAUGAUUUUGACGCCAUGUAUUUACAUGUUCAUGCAAAUUUGGACUUUGAAGAUUUUAAGACAGUCAAAUGAUUUUGAAUGAAAUUGUGACAAAACUCAUCAUAAAAGAAUAUGUCAAAGGCAUUUUAUAGAAUGCAGAACACAACAUUGAAGCAAAGACUUGUUAACAUUUAAAAAGUUUUAAAUCAUUUUAAUUUUCUUUUGAGACUUCAAUAGGAAAUCCUUGUCUCCAUGUAACAUAUAACAAUCAAUGUCAAAUUUUCUGAUUUGAAGUUGAAAUAAAUAAGAUGGUUUCACAAAUAA